AGUAUAUAUUUCACUUAAACUGCCUCUUUUAUCACAUUUAUCAGUAGAUCAUGUGUUCUUUCUAUAGGAGGGCAUGUAAUACAGAUUUUUAAAGAAUACAUCAUGGAUAAAGAGUUUGUAUCACCAUUAGAAAAAGCAAAAAGAUACAUUUUGGGGGUAUUUCAUAUUCAAUCACAGGGAAAGUUGUUCACAGGUGACAUCACACAUCCUUGUCGCAUUGCCAAUAGGAGGAUCUCCAUAGCAUUAGUGAUUGCAAUAUUCAAAUGCUCAUAACUUUCUCAUUAUUUGUCCGAUUUUUCUCAAACUUUCUUUGUUCUUAUUCUUUGAUUUUUCUGUUUCGACACAAGCCUACUUGUUCCAAAGGUUUCAUUCCCCUUUAAUAUUUCAUGAAUACGAUCUUCAUGAUCUAUGCAAUCACCCACUUCCCAAGUAGACCUUUACUUGGUACAUAAUAUAGUAGUGCCAAUAUGAUAAAGCCCAAUUCAUUUUCAAUUUGUUUUGUACACUUGUAUUUAGUUAUUUAAAGCAUUGCGUCAACAGAGUGUUAGCUGUUCAUGCUGGUGGAAACACGAAUGUUCGAAUUUUCUCAGGAACACCUUUAUGAUCCUAGUCAUGAUUUUCCCUUGUCAAAUAGUCAACACCUAUUCAAUAACAUCCAUUCUCACGACUCGUAGACCCAAUAUAUAAAUGUAUUUACUCAAGAGCAAGUUCAAGUAUAACAUUCUAUAUGUACUGCUGUCUUAUCACGAUAACAUUCGCUGUACUAGUGCGCGUAUGUCAUGUAUGUGUGGUCGGUAGGACGUGUGAGGUGUGUAGAAGUGGGGGCGUAAUGUGUGUGGGAGUGAGCGUAUGUAAAGGUGCGUGGCUGACUUUAUGCAUACAUAAAAGUCCGGGGUUCGAUUCCCUGCCCAGCACUUUAUGCCCUUUGCAAGGGUAUUGGCUCCUUUUAUCCUUUAUCAAAUAAAUGAAAAUGUUCUCAUCAUUAUGGGCAUUUCAAAGUGGUUCCAAAGUAUACACGUGUUAAACAAAAACUUAUACAUGUAUGUAAAGAUGUAUAUUCUCAUUUUAUGUGUGUCACGUCUUUCGGAUGGUGACGUUAAAGGUCGGUCCCAGACGUAAAUAAUCAUAUCUGAUUGAUACACGUCUGACAAAACUCAAAGAUACACACACACAAUUUAUGUGUGUGUGUGUGUAAGAAAAGCGUUGUCGUGUUACGUUGCAUUUUCAAAUAUAUUUAUUCACACAGUCAAACGGUGAUAAGAAAAAGUCGAAAUAUAAAAUGGAACAAAAAUGAAAAAUAAGUAAAACGAAAGUUCUACAAUUUCGGUUUUGUAAAUGGGGGAAAAAAAUCGGCGCUAUCGCAGCUCACAUAAAUCUCAUUGAUAAUUCUGAUUUUAAUGAUCGAUUUCAUUCAUUACUUGUAUAGAACCUAAGUUACACUUAGGUGGUACACAAUCUUUUAUGUGUAUAUUGUUAUUACAUGUUAACAGGACCAUGCUGAAAAACAGUCAAUCUGAGCUUGUUAUCCUGUAUAAAGAAAUUCAAAUGAAUAAAUAAAUGAAUAAAUAAACUUUAUUAAAAAAAAAAAUUCUUAGUAAUUUCUUUCGUCCACUCAGGUGUUGUGCAGAUCUCAUUAAUUCUUUUAGUUCACUUGGAUGGACUGGGGUAGCCAUCUUAGUUAAAGUUUAUGAAUGAGUAGAGACGACAUUCUGGUUUAGCCUGAAGAAGAAGAAUGCAAGCAAUGAGGGUCAAGGCUUCUUUCCCAAUCCUAUUCUUUCUUAUAAUAUAGCAUUUAGCUUAUAUCAGAGUAAGGACAAAUGAUACUGGGAGGAUAUCAACCGGUUUAUCUAUUUCUAAUUUUAUUAUCUUUUCAUUUCGUCAUACAACAACGGUUCCAUUAUCUUUUUUGCUAUAGGCCUAGUUCUUUGUGAUAACUGCAGUAAAAAAUAACUAAAAAAUAAAAUGAAUGACAUGUAUUUCCUCAUAACAAUGUUCUCAUCAGUUACAUUUAACAGGAUAUAAUAAUGAAAAGUAUAAAUAUGAUAUGAGGUUCUUCUACGACUAUACCAGUAAAUAACAAACUGACCUGUGUAUGUAUGAUCAAUCGAGAAUCAUAUUUCUGAGGGCUAGUUGUAGUAAUAAUAUAUCUGCACAACCAAAAUUGGUACUACCAGGGGACAGAGGGAUGACUCCCUGUGAAAGAAAGGGGAACAAAGGGAAGAGGGCACUUGGGAACCACGAAUUUGACAACGAACCAGAAGGAUUGAGGCCAUUUCUUUUAAACACAACUUUUCCUGUUUUAAGUUGUAACAUCGAUGCUUCGGCGGAACCCUCCAUCAAUGGUCUUUUUCAAAAACGCAUCACCAGGGUAUUGAGUGGAGAAACGAUAGGAAUUAUUGGUUACACGUACUUCAAAACUCAUGAAAUUUCAUCAUCAGGGGAAUGCAUCUUCCAUCCAGAGGUCCAGAAAAUACAGGAAGAGGUUGACGCUCUUGGUAAAGAAGGCAUCAAUAAGAUCAUCGCAGUGGGUCAUUCUGGGAUUAAUAUCGACUUAGAGAUUGCCCAGAAUGUCAUAGGGGUGGACGUGGUUGUCGGCGGUCAUACAGAUACAUUCCUAUAUACAGGUACACCACCAUCUACAGAGGUACCAUCUGGUGAUUAUCCUUCAGUAGUUGAUCAGAAAGGCGGUGGCCGUGCCCUCGUCGUACAGGACUAUACAUUCGGCAAGUACCUGGGAAAUCUCGAUGUCACCUUCAACGACGCAGGCGAGGUCAUUGCUUACGGAGGGAAUCCCGUGCUAUUGGAUUAUACAGUAACAGAAGAUCAGACGAUCCUGGAAGAAGUGGAAAAGUGGGCGGGACUUGUUCGUAAUUCGUCUGCCAUGUUCGUCGGGAUAUCCCAUGCUUUUCUUGAAGGAGAUCGUACCAUGUGUCGAGCCCGAGAAUGUAAUCUAGGAAACCUGAUUGCAGACGCCAUGGUCAGUCAGAAUAAUAAAAACCCUGAUGAAUUACGGUGGAAUGAUGUCGGGAUUGCUUUGAUGAACGGCGGCUCGAUCAGGGCUUCGAUAAGUCAAGGUGACAUUACAAUUGGAGACAUCGCAAACGUUCUUCCAUUUGGAAACACGGUUGAUGUAUUAGAGCUACGUGGUAUUCAUCUAUUAGAAGCAUUAGAGAACGCUAUUAGUAUGUACGACUUACAAACGCUGGAUGGUAGAUUUCUUCAAUUUUCAGGUAUGAGAGUUACAUACAGUCUAGCAAGGAAACCGGGCAGUCGGGUAGUUUUGGCUGAAGCGCUCUGUACCAACUGCACGGUGCCACAUUACGAACCCUUGGACACCAAACGCGUCUACAAGAUCGUCACAAACAGCUUCUUAGCAGGUGGUGGCGAUGGCUACACGGUUGUCAGGGAUAACAAAAUGAAUCAUGUUACAGGUAAUUUAGAUUCUGCUGUCUUUGCCGAGUACAUCCAGCGUCUCUCACCCGUGGCACCCGCCCUCGAAGGGAGAGUCACCGUACUCACUGAUGAUGUUGUAGAUUGCACAGGCAAUGCCUCAAAUUUUGGACCAUCUCAUCUCAUUAUUUGGACUACUUUCCUAGCAAUAAUGUCAAAUAUUUUAAGCACGUUAUAAUGAAACCUUAGAUUCCUUUCAUAAUAGCCCAAUAAAUCUGGGUUCUGUUUCAUGAAACUGAUUUAAAUGACACGUUACAAGAUAUUGUUUUUAGCUACUAAAAUUGUGCUUUUUGAUUGGUCAAUUGCACAGUAAUCAUUGAUGAGAAGUUUUAUGAAACGGUUCCCUUGCUGUCACUAAGUAUAGUCAUGAUAAUGAUUUUUAAAUGUAUAGUCAAAGGAUUAGAAUGGGGAAAUCUGGUUAGCAUCUUUUCAUUGAUCGCUUUGUAAAUCAUGUAAAUGCUGCAUACCUUUAAAUCCUACAUCAUCAUCAUCACCACCAUUAUAAUAAUUAUCAUUAUCAUCAUCAUCAUCAUCAUCAUCAUCACCACCACCACCAUCAUCAUCAUCAUCAUCAUCAUCAUCAUCAUCAUCAUCAUUGUCAUCAUCAUCAUCAUCACCACCACCACCACCACCACCACCACCACCACCACCACCAUCAUCAUCAUCACCACCACCACCACCACAAUCACCACCAUCAAAAUCAUCAUUUUCAUCCACCAAGGUGAAUUGGAAAGUGGAUGUUCCUUAGAUUUUGAUAGAGGUUUGAAUUAGUGGAUCGAUUUAAUUUCAACUUUUUAUAACUACUCAUGCUUUUGUCUUGUCACAAUCCAUCAGGCAUAGUCUUUCAGCUUUCAUUUUAUAAAGGUUCUACUAUGGUAUUCAGUUGGUCUUUUAGAUAUUCAUUCUUAGUAGAAGACGAUUCUCAUAUCUAGACCUUUUCACUUGGAACACUAUAUUUGCAGCCAUAUAGUGAUCAAUGUGAUAUCUUUUGUAAUUUGUCAUUCUACCGGUAUAUGAUCAUGACUAAUAAUAAAAGGCAACUCUAAACAUUAAUGAAGAGGUUACUACAUAACCACAUAGGUACGUAUAAUUCGCGGUAUGGUUUUUUUUUUACCAAUGAUGAUACAAAAUAACCACAGAUAUUACCUUUUGCGCGACUAUUUUAUAUAGAACAUAUCAAUAAUUCCUCUCACAUGCCGGUCAAAUAGAAAAAAAAAUCAAGAUGAAUCUGUUUUUUUCAUACAAAUAUUGUUGUCAGAGGAAAAUGUAUAUUCUCUUGUCUGAAGUUUUAAGUCCACCAAAAGUACAUCGUUCACAUAAUUUUUUGUCAUCACCAGUUGUACAAAUCGAUCGUAAACAUCUCCUUUGAAGAAUAAAUGUAUGUAUAUGCGAUUAUUAUUUCUUUUCCAAGUUAUUCGUAUGCUGGUACAUGUGUAAUGACGAUUCUAAUUGUUUUGAGUAGAAAUUGUACAUGUUUAACAAUGCGAUCUUAUCUUAUACAAUGCUGCUAGAAAGUGCCAUAUGAAUUUGUCAUCAAACGAAAUACCUUUGUAUUUCAUAUAUACACUGUUGUUAGUCUUGAAAAGGAGAAAUAUUUUAGCAUUGAUAAGUGGCUUAGAAUUUGAAUUUAUAUUUUAAUUGAUGACUAAUGAAGGAAUUAAACUCAAGAUGAAUCUAGUCGCAUUAAACCGAAUCCAACUCGCAUCAGUUGCAUUCAGGUUUUAAAAAAUGACACCAAACAAGUGAUUAUUGUUCUAAAGACCCGUAUAUCAGUACUACUUAGUCUUAUUUUUACGUAAUUUUCUCUUUUUGAUGUACAUGAUGUAAGAAAAUUUUUAACCUUCAUUCCCUGGAUAAAGAAUAGCAUUAUGCGUAGAACUGAAAUCAUUUCUUAGCCUCUGACCAGUGCAUGAAAAGUGCAUCGCUUUUAGAAAUUUCGAUGUUAUGAAUUAAUAAUUCAUAACGUGAUUAAUGAUUCAUUUCGUUAUGGAAAUUCGUCAUGAAUUGAAAGCUUCAUCAAAUGAUUCGAAGAAUCGCAGCGUUGAAUACAAUAGUUUUGUUGAUUUAUCACGAUUAUUAUUACCAAUGUUUGGACAUGUUUGAUAUCAAAUGCUUACCUCAUUGGUAAUUGUGAAUAAGUGGUGUAUAUAAUUCUUCUAUUUUGAUAUUUCGAAUCUUCUGUCAUAAUUUAUGGACAUAUGUAUUUCAUUGGAUGUAUUGAAAGCAUAGAGUAAAGUUGAUCAUUUGUUGUGCGUAAACCUGUAAUCACAUCCAGUAUAGAUAUCUAUUCACAAGAAUAUUUUAUUUGUUAAAAUUAGUUUUAAAAAUCUAUCGACUUCCGUAAGGGGAAUUGAAUCUGUUUGGUAGUACGCAACAGCAUGAUACUGGGCGUUCUACCUCCAAAGCCCGACGGAUUACAAAGAUAAAAUAGCAAUGGCCCUCAGGGGCAUCGAAGGGGAGGGCCCCUAAUAUGUUUCAUUGAUGAAAAACAGGAAGAAAUGAGUAUGACCAAAAGAAACGAGAAAUAAUCUAGCUUCGUCUUCUGUUUAUGGUCUGAUUACAGUAUCGCUUAUUUAAUAUUUGCAAAAUAGAAUAUUUCCUUGGGAUAAUUUCCCUAUCAUCGUGAUUAUGCCUGUUUAUAGAUACCCCGGAGCAGCCCCCGGCAGUCCGCCCCUCUAAUUCAGAUGUAAUUUGAUUCAUAUUGCUUUUUAAGAAUUCAUACAACUCAUAAUUUGAAACAUGUGUAGAUAUAUUCAGAACAGUAACGUCUUAUAAUAGUGUAGUGAGCCAAAAGUUUUAAAGGGUAGGACAUGGCGCAAGGGGUAAAAUUUCUUUAAAAAGCUGCAAACGAGUGAAAAAAAAUGGUGUAAAAAUAUGAAUUUGUAAUAGAUUUUGAAAAUUAAUAAUUAUCAGAAAAUGAUAUCAUUCUUCACCCCUUUCAUAUUCCUUUUCUUUCCUUUCCUACCUUAUUAUCUUGUUCGUAAAAAUAUUGGGGGUCCAUGGCCCCCGAAUGGCGCCAAAUUUACGAUAGUGAUGAUCGUGAAAGAAGAGUAAUAAAUUUGCCUCUUCAAUAACGUGAUGAAUACUGUCAAUUUAUUUUUAAAAGGUUGAUAUCUUUUUAUUGUAUUUUGAUAUCCUAACUAUGUGCUUUCUUGAGAGUGUGUACAAAUUGUUUUGUUUAUCAUUAUUCGUAAUGAUACCAGAUAUCCUAAAUGAAUUUCAAAACUAGGAAUAAUAGUUAUUUCUUAACGACGUUCGUUAUCUAUCCUUUGGCAUGGUAAAAUUUUAGCCGUAUUUCAUGUUAUAUGGUUUUUGUGAUGAGUGACUUUAUUUUUAAACAGAGUGAUAUAUCAUUGUGAAGUUACAAUGAUAUAUGUAUGUUGCCUGGUCUCAAUAAUAGAUUGGGAAUUCAGCUAUGCCCGUUAAGUUUAUAUUUUUCCUUAUAAUUGUUAGAUAAAUUGAGAAAAAAAUUAAAUGACAUGCUCAUCCAAACAACUGAGAACAAAUAUUGAUAUAUACUAUAUACAGUAUGUAACGUUUCUGCUUCAUUGUUGCUCACGAGACAGCAAUUAUUGACAUUUAAAAUGCCAAAAUGAUAAUAUAGAAACUUUAUGUUUUCGAAUAAGACUUUCAUUUUACAGCGAAUUGGGUCGGGAUACUAGCAUAAAUAUUAUGGCAUUUUUAGAUUUGAGGCACUUAGCUCGGGUAAAAACUAUGUGAGGAAGAAAUACGUAAUGUGAAGUUCGUAAAUUUAGCACUACUUGGUUUAAUGUUUUAAUUAUGAAUGUUGAAUGUAUUUUUACUUGAAAUAUCUAUCGAAUAAAGAUGAAAUGAGUAGAAAA